AUGCCAGAAAUGUUAAUUAACAUUUUUAUCCUGAUAUUUGAUAUAGCAUUGUCUUCGUAUCUAUGUUUUAUUUUUCUAUCUAUCGUUUUUGAAUUCUUUUACUUCUUUCCAUCGAAUAUUCUUUUAAAUAUAAUCGCUGUUUUCAGGUUUUUUUUCCUCUAUAUUUCAAGAAAGGAUUUCAAACAUUUAUUUAUUCGCAACCUCGAUUUGAAUAUUCUUCUUUUAUUUAUAUAUCCACUGGCCAUUUUUAUUUAUUUAUUUAUUUUUUUGUAUUUUCUUCUAUUCAAUUUUUAUCCUUUAUUUCUUUCUUGUAACUUUCUUCUGUUUCAUUUUCUUUCUUUCGUUCUUUCGUUCUUUCUUUCUUUCUUUUUUAUUGCAUAUUUUUUUCUUUUUCAUCUUCGUUUUUUUGCCUUUUUCCUCUUUGAAUAUUUCUUUCUUUAUUUUUUGUAUUUUCCUAUGUCGUUUUCUUUGUUUCUUUCUUUCUCAGAGAUGUUUUCUAUUUCGUCUUUUUCUUUCUUUUUAAAUUUCUUUCUUUAUUCUUCUAUUAUUUUUCUUUCUUUUUGUUUUUUUCCUCUAUUUUCUCAUAUUUCUUUCAUACCUUCUUUUUCUAUUUCAUCCUCUUUUUGUAUUUUUCAUACUUCUACGGAAGUUUUCAUGUAG